AUGAAGUACGUCCUAGUAUCAGGAGGUGUGAUCUCCGGAAUUGGCAAGGGGAUUAUAGCCUCCUCGUCUGGCCUGCUCCUAAAAACUUUGGGUUUAAAGGUCACUGCGAUCAAGAUCGACCCGUAUCUCAAUAUCGACGCAGGUACUAUGAGCCCCAAGGAACAUGGGGAAUGCUUCGUUCUCAAAGAUGGGGGCGAGAGUGAUCUUGAUCUUGGAAACUAUGAAAGGUACCUGAGCCUUAAUCUCACAAAGGAGAGCAACAUCACAACUGGAAAGAUCUACAACCACGUGCUAUCGGAGGAAAGGAAAGGCACGUACCUGGGCAAAACCGUACAGGUCGUCCCUCACAUUACCGAUGCAAUCCAGAAUAGCAUCGAACGCGUUGCCAAGGUCCCAGCAGAUGACUCAGGAGAGGAACCGGAUGGUGGUACUGUCGGCGAUAUCGAGAGUAUGCCCUUCGUUGAGGCAUUAAAUCAGUUUCGGCAGAGGGCGGGCAAAGGAAACUUCGUCAAUAUCCAUGUGUCUUACGUGCCAGUGAUACACGGAGAGGAGAAAAGUAAGCCGACUCAACACUCGAUUCGUGGCGCACUUCAAGCGGGCCUCAUCCCAGACUUUAUUGCGUGUCGUUGCGAACGUCCACUUGCCACAGAUACGAUCCAGAAAAUUGCCCGCAGUUGUCAUCGAGAGGUUGAGCAAGUGCUUACUGUACGAGACAUGAAGACCGUCUAUGAAGUGCCGCUCCUUCUUGAACAGCAGGGCCUACUCAAUCUAUUUACGGGGGCCUUGCAACUUGAUAAACUAGCGAUCUCCCCGGCUCGAGUCGAAAAGGGCGCAGAGCUAUGGCAGUUGUGGAACAAAACCGUUCUCCCCAAACAGCAUCUGGAUCAAGUUGAUAUUGCCAUAGUUGGCAAGUAUGUCGAAACUCAUGAUGCUUACCUUUCAGUCGUCAAGUCAUUAGAGCACUCGGCAAUGCGGUGCAACAAGGCUCUCCGUAUCAAUUUUGUUGACGCUGAACACCUGGAAGACUCUACACAGGAGAGUGAUCCUACUAAGCAUGACAAGGCCUGGAGUGUGGUUCACAGUGCGAAUGGUGUCGUUAUUCCAGGAGGUUUCGGAGAGCGAGGUGUUGAAGGAAUGAUCAAAGCAGCAAAUUGGACCCGAACAAACCAAGUUCCGAUGCUGGGAAUAUGUCUCGGCAUGCAAGUCGCUGUUAUUGAAGCAGCGCGGAAUCUCUGUGGUAACAAGAAUGCUACGUCAGAGGAGUUCAAAAGCCACUCUAAAGACUCGGUUAUAAUUUUCAUGCCGGAGGGCAGCAGAACAGAGAAAGGGGGAACGAUGAGGCUUGGAUCACGGCCAACGCACUUUCAGCCUGGAAGCGAACGGAGCAAGCUGCGGGCAUUGUAUGGAUAUGCAGAUGUGAUCGAAGAGCGCCACCGACAUCGCUAUGAAGUGAACCCGGACCAUGUGGAACGGUUGGAGCAAGCUGGUCUCGAUUUCAUCGGCAAGGACGACACGGGAAACCGCAUGGAAAUUGUUGAACUGAAAGACCACCCCUGGUAUGUCGGCGUCCAGUUUCAUCCCGAAUACCAGAGCAAGGUAUUGGACCCGUCACGACCGUACCUCGGCUUCUUGGCCGCCAGUGCAGGAUGCCUCGAUCAGAUCACGCAGGAGCUUCUGCAGGACACUAAUGGCAUUCUCAAUGGAGGGGGUGAAAGUAUACAUUUCUAA